AUGCCCAACGGCAGGGUUGUUCGUCAAGACGAUGCCACCUUUGAGCGCAUGACGAUGGAAGCCAGGAGCAAAAGCUUGGACGAAGACAUGGUCAAGGCUUUGACUGCAGACGACGCGGUGAUGGCAUCUGGCGCCCUUCCACAACUGAAGACAGCCACGGAAGCAGGCGCCAAGGCUUUGCGCCAAGCUUUGGAUGAUGAAUCAAGAGCAAUCAUCAAAGCUCCAAAACGGAAGGAAAAGAAACCGGAGGCAGAGGAGAUCAAGGCAAAGACUCCGCUAGACUUUGCAAGUGAGAAGAUGGCAGCGUGUUUGGAUCAGGUGAGCAAGGCGCGAGCGAAGUCACUGCAACUUACUGGAGUUGAAUUUGGCCAAGAACUUUCCAAGCAGCUUCUGGAGCAUGCGACCGCAAUGGAAAAGCUGUGGAAGACACUUCACAGCAUGGUGUCGAAGGAGGAGAAGGAGGACAAGUUGAUCUUGGCCGUGACUGCCGAAGUUGAGAAGAAGUCGAAGUGGUGGGAAAAAGCUUUGGUGCCCGACCAGGAUGAACCGGUGCUUGCAGAGGCAAGUGUGCUGCUCCCUCAUGAAGUUUUUGCCGCUAUCCACCAGAGUGGGAAACACCAGGUUCGAGAGGGUGUGAACAAGCUUGUGGCUGAUCUGGUGGCGUGGUCUCUGGAGCAUGCGUUUGCAGGCAAGGCUCCGACCCAGGGAUUCAAGGGCGAAGCUUUUGAGAAGGGAACUUACCGGGCAGCUAUGGCUGGCAAGGAGCUAGCUGGAGG